GAUUUAAUUUAUAGAAUUAUUCAUCCAAGCGACACGCGGCCAAUGACGCCAUUUUAUAAAUAACGUUCGAUGCAUGCUGUUUUGUUAUCAAAAAAAAAGAACAAUUGAUUGCAUUGUCCGGCUUAUUGAAUACCUCUAACUUUAUCUUUCGCAAUGGAACCGUACAAGAAAGGCACACCUUUUAGCCAUUGGGUUGAAAGACUGGAGUUUUUAUUUGUAGCGAAUAAAAUUUCCGAAAGCGACAGGAGAGCAUACUUCAUUGCAGUGUGUGGACCGUAUAUAUACGCAAAGCUGAAGCUUCUGUUCCCGGUCAGUAAUUUGACGGAUAUACCGUUAGAGACGAUGAUUGAGAAGUUGAAAAUGAGAAUCGACAGAACGGCCACGGACGUACCAAAUACCCGCGAGACGAAUGCAGAUGUAUUCCAGCUACUGAAGCUUCAAACAAAGCUAUGCACUUGCGGUCUUUUCAAAGAUACAACAUUCCAUGAUCGUCUAAUAACCGGUUUGAACGAGGCUGAUAAAGUAUUAGAAACGGCCAAAAAAAUCACACGGGACUGGGGAACAGCGAACACCAGUUCUGGAACUUUAACGCAGAAAACCUUGCCAUUGGAUGAGGUCACCAAGUUAAUUAAGCUUGGAGAGCCUGUCGAAACAGCUAUGGCAAGUUUUUUGGCAGUCCACAAUGCCCGCAAUCAGCAAGUUUGUAAACAACAUGUUAAGUUACCGGUAAAAAGCAGACUUGGUUUCCAGCCGUAUGACAAAAACCACGUCGGUCAGAAAAAUGUAAAUGUUUUUCAACCAACGACAGAACUCGCAGGAAAGCGAACUGAAUCUCAAAGAAAGAAAGAACUCAGAAUUUGUUUCUUCUGUGGAAUGGCAGGUCAUGUUGUGCGGUGUUGUUUCAAACUUAAAAACUUGAGAAGAAACGCAAUUGCACAGAUGAAACAGAAAGUCUUGGAUUCCCAAACCCAGACUGAAACAAUAGAUUACAAAGCUAUGGAGACAGAUAGCGAUUCCGAUGAAGCUGGAAAUUGGAAACGGUCCAAUAAGUAAUCACAGAAGUUAGUUUGAAAAUACUGAGACACACACAGAUUUGUUGGAUUUCCGAGAGAGUUUCCUACGGACGUCGCAGCAUAAUUAUUUGAAUUUUAAUUGGGAUCUUUUUAUAAUUAAUAAAAAAAAAACAAAACUAAUAAAAAUAGCGUUACUAGCAGCAAAUAAAAUCCAUGCAUACAUACGACCUUGUAACUUGUCAACACUGCCGGCCGGUUCCAGUUCAGAAUCGAUCAUUGUUAGCUUUAUUUUAUUCUUAUGUAUUUAUAUUACUUUCAAUGAAUCACAAUUAACGAUCUUAUCUUAGGUUUCUGUUACUCAUUCUUCGAUUUAUGAUUUAAUGUUAAGAUUCCUUUACCAUCGGUAUGUAAUGUCAAAUGUGCGGUUCUGCCACGUGGUCUGUGUCUUAUAGGAUAACAGUUGCUCUGCGAUAAACAUAACACCAUUGUAUUGUGCAACCAACAAAUCAGGAAUCGGACUGUGAAAACCUUUCGUUUCGAGUCGUUUGUCCGUUCGGCGAUUGUUUGCUUUGUCUGAAACUCACCCUCCGUGCUCUUUCACCGAAUCCCAGAACAGCUAAGAAGACAGCUCGGGUUUGCGUUGUUUACAUUGACCUUGCUUGGUUUUGUUUUUGAUUAUGUCGUACACGUUUGUCCGUUGUUAUAUGUUAUGUUCAGUAUUCACUUUCGGGUUUAAAGUUUUAUAUUCUUUAAUACUACGUAUUGUCCUUUAGGAUAUUUUCAAUUUAUGUUAAUAUUGUAUAAUUGCUACUUCCCUUUUCAUUCGUUUGCCAGUGAUUAGAUGUAUGUUUACUUGAUCCUGUUUUUGUUUUAAACUUUACACAAUUCGAUUUGCACAUAGGAAAAUUAAAAGAACUAAAACCGAUUGAUAAGCUUAACUAAUAACAGAAUAUUGCAUAUAAUAGUAUGAUAUACUUUCUGUCCCGGCUGCCUAGUUUUACGGCAAUUGUUAUUUCUCAUAUUUUUUUUUUGGCUUUUGAUUGGGGUUGUACUCUGUUCGCUAGUUGCAUCUGAUACAACUGAAAUAGGUACAAAAACAUAACAAGUAUCAAAGGAAACAUUAACUGUAAACUUUUCAUUCCAAUGCAUGGAUUUUCCGGUGUAAUAAGUGUGCAUCCAAGCGGAAUCAUUCCUCUGUGGGAUCAGUUUU